AUGGGAGACCAAGAGGCGGAGUGGCUAAGCAAGAAGGCGGGCGGGUCGUCGCCGCCACCGGCCAUGGGGUCCGACAGCCUGACGGCAUUCGCCCUCCGCCUAGCCAAAAAGCUCGCCGAGGGAGACGACACCAGGGGCAGCAACAUCGCCUUCUCGCCGCUGUCCCUCUACACCACGCUGGGCCUGGUGGCCGCCGGAGCCCGCAACAGAACCCUGGAUGAGCUCCUAGCCCUUCUCGGCGCCGCAUCGCCCGACGAGCUCGCCGGAUUCGUGCGCGGCCUCCCCGCCGACCCGUCCGGCUCCGGUGGGCCGGUCAUCACCUAUGCCUACGGUGUGUUUCACCAGAAACAUAUGGAGCUCACGCCGGACUUCCUCCACACCGCCACCGAGUCCUACAACGCCGAGAUACGCGCCGUCGACUUCGCUGAGGAAGAGGUCAGGGAGGAGACCAGGAAGGAGAUCAACCAGUGGGCGGUCGCGGUGACGAACAAUCUCAUCUCGGAGAUCCUGCCGGAGGGUUCAUUGACCGACCUCUCGAGGUUCGUGCUCACCAACGCCAUCUACUUCAAGGGCGUGUGGGAGACCGGCUUUCCCAAGAGUCACACCGAGGAACACAAGUUCCACCGCCUUGAUGGUGCCGACCCCGUCAACGUCCCCUUCAUGACCCUGCCGGGAACAUGCGAGCUCUUCGUCUCAUACAAUGAAGGCUUCAAGGUGCUCAAGCUCCCCUACAAGGCUGGUGAGGAUGCCAUGUCGCGGUAUUCUAUGUGUGUCUUCCUCCCGGACGAGGACAACGGGCUGCACGCCAUGCUCAGCACUCUUGAGGAGGUGGGCGGCUCUCUGCUCGACCACGUGCCGAAGCACCGAAGGAGAGUGAGGGAGCUUAUGCUGCCCAAGUUCAAGAUGUCAUUCUUCUGUCGUCUCGCCCAAGUCCUUCGAGGCCUAGGGCUUCGGGAGGCGUUCACCGAGGAGGCCGCCGACCUGUCCGGCAUCGUGGAAAAGAGCGUCUGCGACGUGCGCUUGGACGAGGUGUUCCACAAGGCGGUCAUCGAGGUGAACGAGGAGGGCACCGUGGCGGCUGCCUGCGCCGCCGUCAUCAGCCGCAAGAAGAAAAGUGCAAUGAGGUUGGAGUUCAUCGCCGACCACCCGUUUGCGUUUUAUAUCGUGCAGGAGGUCUCAGGGGCCGUGGUCUUUGCCGGUCAUGUACUGGACCCUUCUAGCUCACAGUAA